AUGAUCAUCGAGAAGUUCGCGGAUAAGAAGGAGAUGAGUGAUGGAUUUUUCUAUGAUUAUGUAGUCGAUGAAGGGGGUCGAUUAACUCGCAUUUUUUGGGCAGAUGUUAUUGGACGAAGAAAUUACGAUGUAUUUGGAGAUGUGAUCUCAUUUGACUCUACAUAUUCCACAAACAAGUACAACAUGAAGUUUGUUCCAUUCACUGGUCUCGACAAUUAUAAGAAGUGUGUUGUAUUUACAGCAGAAUUGAUAGCUAAAGAGGACAUUGAUAACUAUGUCUGGAUUUUUGAGGUAUUCAUGAAAUGCAUGAUUCGCGAGCCAAAGUGUAUUGUUACAGAUCAGUGCCCUGCCAUGAAGCAAGCUAUACCAACCGUCUUUAGAGAAGCACGUCACCGUUUGUGCAUGUGGCACAUUAUGAAGAAAUUUAACCAAAAGCUGGCAAAAUGCAUUUCGAAGAUGGAUGAUUUCAAGAGGAAGAUCAAUGCACUGAUUUGGAGUAAAGAUAUAGAUCCAGCAACAUUUGAAGUAGGUUGGAAAGAUGUUAUGAAAGAAUUUAAGCUUGAAAGUAAUGAAUGGUUGUGUGAACUGUAUAACAUUUGGGAGUCAUGGAUUCUAGCCUAUUAUGCUGAUGAUCUAAUGGCUGGUUUAUUGCGUACUACAUCAAUAUCAGAGAGUGAGAAUAGUUUCUUUGACAAAUUCAACCGUAGAUCUGACACAUUGACAGAAUUUUAUCCCCGAUACGAGAGUGCUAUGGAUAAGCAAAGGCAUACAAAUGUAAGAUUAAACUAUGAAGGAACAAAGUCGAUGCCAAGAAUGGACACGCCAUUGUUAUUGGAGAGGGAUGCAGCAGAGUCUAUAUCAGAACAAGAUGGUGUGAAGAUUUUUUCCAUAAAGGACAAAAAGAGACAUGGAAAAAUAUUUGAGGUGAAACAUGUUGUUUUGAAUAAUGACGUGCAAUGUUUAGAUGGUGAGAGACUUGACUACCUGGAAGGGAAGUUGAAGGAGUUGAAGCACAGUUUGCGUGAAUCUAGUUGGAAAUCUGACACACAAAACAAAAAUGAUGUAAUGGAGUUUUUUGUUGGCUCAAAAAUACCAGCUAAAGUGAUUGUUAAACCUCCCAUUGAAGGUAGAAACAAUGGGUGUGGACGGAGAAUUGUUGGUGAUUAUGAGAAAUCAAUUAGUCAACGAAAGAAGAAGGUGCCAAGGCUGUGUAAUAUGUGUAAAAAAAUCGAUUUCCAUGACACACGGACAUGCCCAUUAAAGAAAACAUUACAGCAGAGUGAUGUUUAA